GCAAGAACAGUGGGUUUGCACCCUGAAGAAACUGACCGAAACAAGGAGAAAACGAAAGGCAUUACUAAACAUCUUCCAUAUCUUUUAAUUCCGAGACAGAUGACAAGGAACAUGGAAGCAACACAAGAACUCUCCUCCAUGCAGAAAGUCCAACUUCAACAGGAGUACUGGGUAACAGGAGGCAGUAAAGCCAAACUGAUGCAGGUUGGUGCCAAAUGCAUGGACAGCAUUAUUCACAGAGAGCAUUAUUAUGACACUGCUUCAGAUGAGCUAGCAACAGCGCAGCUGUGGCUGAGUCAAAGGAAUCAACAGUGGGGCCUUAUAGUCGGCUCUCAGGAGCAAGCAGCAAGAGAAUAUACUGCCUCUUCAGUCCCAAAGAUAUGCACACUUCCAUGCCAGGACAGAACAGAAAAUGCUCAAAGUGUCAGCCCUGCUGUUGACCAAGAAAAGAAACGGACACAGUCCGAAUCUCUUGACAACCAACAGUUCCAUCACCAUGCUUUGGAGAAAGCAGAUGAAGCCUCUGCGUGCGCAAGAUCCAGCCCCACGUAUACUGAGCUGGUGGGAGAGCAGGAGAUAAUUACACAUCUGGCAGACUUUCUUCACAUGGAUUUGACAAGCCAAGGGAGAAAUAUGACCAUAGAAGACUUUCUGCAGCAGGCUGGCAUCCAGCAUUAUGCAAGCAGUCAAACUGUCCAUCAGACAACAUAUGCAUUGUGUAACCAGUACACAAUUAUAAUUCAAAGGGAUGAAAGCUCACUGAAGGAGUCUGCCAUUGUGCUGUUGGAUGUGGAUAUUCUAAGUAUUUGCAAAGGGUUCGAAGAAAUCGAAAAGUUGGCAAAUUACCUAGAAUUUGAACAUCAAGCCAGUUCAACUUGAACAACAAUAUGAACAAAGCCUCGUGAACAAACAGUAUGUGCACAAACCCCUUCCAUUCUGGGACUGCUUUCUGAGGAAAUAUUUAUGGGCAUGAUUGUCAGAUCAUUUCAAUAUAUUUUAUUCAGUCCUUUAAAAAUGUAAAGCCAGCACUAUGUGUAACACAGCCUUAUGCAGCUUGAAAAUACAGAUUUAUGGCAAUGGCAGCAGUAGCAGCAAUAUAAACUAGUGUCAGCAGUGAUCUAUGAAUAGCUCAGUUAACAGCUGCUGGAGGAGACAGACGUUCCAGAAAGCCCCACUAAAAUGAACUGCUUAAGAUUUGUUUCUUCUUUUCAAAACUGCACAGGUGGCUGCAUGCUAGUUCAAUUAAAUAAAUCCCUCAGCUAACCAA